GAAAAAAUUAACUCAUGGCCUGUAGAAAACAUGUUUUCAAACCUCUGGAAACUGGGAUUACGAAACCUGCAGUAUAAAAACUAGCGUUGUGAAGUAGUACUAAUUUCACAACGCAAAUGUAUGUACGUAUGUAUGCAAAUGUACACAAAUUCUAUGUACACAAACAAGUUGGAUUAGGCAGACAGACAUCCACAGCUCCUAUGCAAUGGGCAGAACAUACAUACCACAUCAGGGGGCCUGUACGUGUCCAGCCUAACAGGCAGCGAGCGGCAAAAGAUGUCAGGAAAUGCGACCAUCAGUGAACAUAGAAAGGCAGGUGACAGAGCCUCCUUAUAUACAGCAACAGUACGUUGAAGUAAACCUGUUAUCAUAUUGUAGAGUCUUUUUAAAGAUAUAUUUAUGUUAUCUGCAUAUUGAACAGUCAUUAAGAUAUUUAGAAGGUUACUCCAUCAAACAAGGAAACAUGUCAAAGUUGAUCUUCAUGGUGUUUCCUGUUAUCGGUGUCGACCUCAUAGUGAAGUCUAACAAGCAAAGAAAAACAAACAGUUUGUUGUCAAACAAUUUUUCAAGUAACUCACAAUUUAUGUAGAAAAAGAUCAAGUUAAAAUAGGCUGUGUUUUUUUUCUUGAGUGUUGAUUUGUUUUGACCACUUGCAGCACAUUUGCUUUCUGUAACCUGAAAGCAGUUUGAACGCGUAACCACAUCUGUUUUGACAACUGCCGACAAAUGUUUUCAGCAAAUUUUUCCGUAGCAAAACUGUGCUGCUGUGAAACUGUGGUCAGCUCAGAGCUAAGCUAUAGCAACUUUAUGUAGCAUUUAUGUAACAAAAUCACCAGAAAAUGUGACAUUUGUUUGACAUAGACAUAUGAGAAUCAUUGUGGCUAACACUGGAAAUGUAGCCAGCUAAAUAUUUAAGUUCAAGUGCUUAAAUCCAAAAGUAACCAAAUUUAAUAAAAUACAUUAACAUUUUUAACAUGACAGAUUUUAAGCUGUGAAACAUUGCUUUGAAAUUGGACUUGAAAAGUUUAUGUGUUUACUUUUACACUGCUAGUCUGUGUCAGGGAUAAACAGCUGUGAAAAGGGGCUGCUCGUGUGGUUCUGUCACAGGUAUAAACUACUUCCCUGGUGUUGCAUGUGUUGAGAAGGCUCAAGAGUCUGCAAUGAUUUUCUUUGUGAUACUUGCACUGCUGUCCUGCACCGAGACAAGAGGGCCUGAACAUGUGUUCGUGGAGCAUGGAAAAGACUUACUUCUGGAUAUUAAGGGCUCUGUUGCACUCACCGAAGGGGCAGAUUUUUUCUGGAGAUUUAAUGUCAUUCACAUAGUAGCUAAAAGUAAUUAUCUUCAUUCAGUAGUGUUUGGCACAUAUAAAGGCAGGGCUAAGAUUUUUGCACAAAAUAAUUCUUUGCUGUUGAAGAAUGUGCAACACAGUGACAGUGGAGAUUAUAUUGCAAUAGUAAGUGGGGAACAAAACCAAAGGGUAGCUGAAUACAAGGUCAUAGUCCAAGAUCCAGUUUCUCCAGUUAACCUGACAGUGGACUCUGUGGACAGCAGUUCAGAUUCCUGUAACCUCACUGUGACCUGCAGCACAGUGGAUUCUCACAUCAGCAGCAGGUUUAGAUGUGACACCCAAAACUGCUCUCAAGCAGAAAAUGGUAGUUUGAAAGCCAAGCCCCGUUCUUCCACUCUCAUUAUUUAUUUGCAGCAAGACUUCAUCAUCUGUAAUCACAGCAACCAAGUGAGCUGGAAACACAAGACAGAAAAGAUAACAUCUUACUGCAAGACACUUUCAGUUUCCAGAAUCACUUUGAAGCUGAUGAAAAUCCGUUUUUUCCAUUUCCUCGCCAACUCAACUACAACAUCAGGUGUUUAA